CAAGCUGAUACCCUUCUGCAUGGGAUUUGUCCGGGCUCAGAGCAGCAUACCGCUACCUCCCCGACGGAACGAUCUCUGUGAUCUAUCGAGCAAUGCUGGUAGCGAGGAGAUCCGCUGUGGGUUUACGGUGACUCUGGUCACUGGACUGACUCGCACUACACCGAAGAAGCGGGCUCUAUGGAUUGAGAGCAGACCAACAAGGACGCCAAGUAAGGUGGACAUCGUCAGCACCAAGCUCGGUAAGGAAAUUCCGGGGCUUGUGGACGCCCGAAACGAGAUGAUCUGCGUCGUUUUACGAUGCAAAGUAGAUGUUUCGGGCAAUGAGCCUCAGGAGACAUGUCGUGGGAACACCUGGGGCGGCAGGAACUUUCCGGGCUAUGGAGGAGGGAGCCGCUUCGGCGGAUAUGUACGGCAAGUGCUGUAAUCAAGACAAGCUGAGACCGGAAUUCCUGGCUCGACUUUGUUACUGCUCCUAGACUCGGGUCAUUAUCGUCUCGAGCUCUAUGCUGUUGGCUUGUAUUGGUCAACUUUUUGAAAGUUGCGAUCUUUUUCACCGCUUGGAUCGAGAGAGAUGCAUGUGGCCAGGAAUAUAUCGGUGAUAUCUGUACCUCCGGCGGUCGAGGUGACCAUCUCAACCGAGGGACAGGUAUCACUCGCGCUGUCAUACUUCCUCACAGUGUUCGCGACUUUCAUGGUCAUCCUGCGCUUUUGGUCACGGAAAUUAAGCCGCUUCGGAAUUGCCUUGGACGACUGGCUUACUCUGGCUACACUUGUCUUAUUGUACAUUGUGCUUGCCCUCAGCGUGGUCUUGGUCUACGAAGGUGGCGUGGGUAAACCCAUGUCUCAGGCUCUCAGGGAGCAGCCAAUGGCUCCCGUUACAUCCUUGAAGCUUUUAUAUGGGCUUGAGUGGACGUACCUUUUCGCAUCUCCGCUAAUGAAGCUUUCGGUGCUUGCGUAUUACUGGAGAAUUUUCCCAACAAAACACAUGAAGAAAUACAUCCGGAUCUUAACAGCCGUGUGCGCUAUCUGGUUCGUCGGGGUUCUGAUCGGUAAUCUUGUCGAGUGUCGGCCCAUAUCUUUCUUCUGGAACAAAUUGUCAGCACCAGGUACCGGCAUCUGCCACUUCCGAGUCGAGGUCUACCUGAUUAUCGUCGCGGCACCGAAUAUAGUCAUCGACACGCUGACUAUCAUCCUCCCGGUCUACGAAAUCUGGCAUCUUCAGUUGGAGCGAUGGAAGAGGAUUGCGGUCUCGGGAAUAUUUGUUGUUGGAGGGAUGGUAGUCAUUGCAAGCAUUAUUCGCUUGAUACUACUGAUUGGUUUCUAUUUCAAACAUAGCGCCGACCUGACCAACAACCUGGUGCUACCUUGGUUCGUGACUCUCGCGGAAAUAGGCGUGGGCAUCGUUGGCGCAUGUCUGCCAUGUCUUAUGCCCCUCUACCGGCGUUUCUGGCACAAAGCCACUGGAAGCACGACCUCCGGCUAUGGCGGCGACUAUGGCGGCAAGUCGUCUCUGAGGUCCCACUUGCGAUCUCAUAUGCGGUCCCACACGAACCACGGGCGGACGAUAGGAUCUAAUACCGUCAUAGCCGGUCAUUCAGGAGGGAAGAAACAUCUAUCCGGCUCGCUUGAUCCCGGCCACCCAUUCGAGAGGCUGUCCACACCAGGCAACGCACCCGACGACGAUGUUCCUCUCCAGGGCAUACAUAUCCGACACGAAGUGACUAUUCAACACUCGGCCGCGGCAUGGUACCAAGAGGGCAAGAUGUAAGGCUUUGGAAAUCUCUGGCCUUUCAAUAAGAGCUCUGGGAGGAAUUUCAGCUCCCAGAUGAACGUACCCACAAUCCAUGGUGACUAUGACGUGCUCGUCCGUGCCUUCAGGGACCGAAUAAACAGCCUCAGAGAACGGCCAUUGCCAGUCCACGGAGGUAUUAUGGACCGUUUAGAAAGAGAGGCUGCGGCCAGGGCUUGUCACACGAUUCUCGGCAUGUCGGACAUUUACCACCAACAACAAAGGCGAUGGUGUUGGGCAAAAGGCGAUCCAGCUUAAUCUGAAGUCGACCAGAAAUCCUCGAUCAAAGUCAUCCUGAAGUUAACCUCCAGGGUAUUCCACGUUCAGAAAGCCAGUUGCCCUGGUUGUACAGAUCUUGGUGGUAUGAUGCUAGGAAGCGCAUCAUAGAAAGAGGGCGAAUAGACAGGGCCAAUCCGAAGGCAGCCGGUGUGUAAAGGAACCGUAUUGCGGUCUAUUCACGGAUGAAUGAUUGAAUGACAGGGAGGGAUUAGUGCGGGUACUAGCCGGUGAAUUACAAACACAUCCAUAGAAAGAUAAUUGUACAGAGAAACAACUUCCUUUCAACCAAAGGUUACGAGUGUUGGGGGAAGUGAAG